AUGGAACCAUUCCGUGUGCGUCUCAACUAUAUCGAUCACUACCAGGCAACCGCGUCGGAGUUGGAUCCUCCACUACCUUUUCGUUAUGAGGUCUCGGAAAAACAUUUCAGGCCCAAGGUGCCUGUAAUUCGAAUAUUUGGAGCCACCGAGACAGGCCAGAGAGUUUGCGUACAUGUUCACGGCGCAUUUCCAUACCUCUACAUCGAAUAUAAUGGGUCCUUGGCUCCAGAAGAUGUAAACUCUGCAAUCCGAACUCUUCAUCUAUCAAUUGAUCACGCUCUUGCGGUCAGCUUUCGCCGAAAUGCAUAUGAUCGAAGGACAGCGUUUGUGGCGCACAUUACCUUGGUGAAAGGAGUUCCGUUCUACGGAUACCACGUGGGAUGGCGGUUCUUUUUCAAGAUUUACCUUUUGAGCCCCUUCCACAUAACUCGCCUGGUCGAUCUUCUGCACCAGGGAGCUGUAAUGAAACGUCCGCUUCAACCUUACGAGGCACAUGUGCAAUACAUCCCGCAAUGGAUGUAUGACUACAAUUUGUACGGAUGUGCAACCAUGAGCUGCAGUCAAGUCAAGUUCAGAGCACCAGUACCUGAGUAUCUCGAGCUAAGCAAUCUAGCCCACCGCUGGCACGAUCGCUCAAUCCUACCGGAGAGCAUACUUGAUCACCCUGCAUUACAGAAACAGAGCAAUUGCGCGCUGGAGGUUGAUGUCUGUGUUCAAGAUAUCCUCAACCGUCUUGAUGUAAAGGAACGACCUUUACACCAGGAUUUCACCGAGCUUUUGAAACCUGUUGCGGUUAACGAGCGGCUCGUCCCUAGCAUGGCUGGACUGUGGCAGGAUGAAACUCGCAGACGCAAGAAGAAGAUGGGCAUCACUGAUUUUGGAAGCACUCCUUAUGGACCCGAGGAAUUGGUUUCAAUGUCUGCGGAUCCAAGAAAUCAGUCGAGGGGUGGUUGGGUACACGAGGAAGAAUUUAGAGAGAUGGCAUCUCAGCUUGCCGCUAAUGAGAAGCACGAAGAUCAUAACAAAGAAACAACAUUUGGGACAUUCUUGGAUCACGAUGAUCAUGCCAAAAUCGUCAAGACUGCGUUGGAUAGUGUCGAGGACUUCUUUCCUGACAAAAUCAAUACUUUGACUUUUGAUAGCAGCCGUUCCCAGGAAUCAGCCCAGAAUCAAUUACCGGAAAUCUCGGUUGAUGAGGGUCUCGCUUUGUCAUCUCAAGCUGGACAGUAUUACUCGGACUCUGAUCAAGCAGGGGACUCAUCGGGAGGGGGAACCGAACAAGAGCCUGAAUCAAAACAAAACUCGCUGGGGGACAGCUUUUAUGAUGAGGUCUUUGACGAAAUGCCCUUUCCAGAUGUGGCUGCACUUAUGGAGCCUGCGGAAACCAAUAACCCUACAUCCACUACGCAUGGUGUCUGCAAUGAACGACAUUCUGCAGGCCUAGAAACAAGGCCCGGAGACCAGAGUCAGGGCAAAACUGUAGCCUCUAAAAGACAACACUUCGAAACUCUCGAUUCCCAGUAUUCGCCUACUAAAAGACCUAGACAAAUGGCCAAACAUGGCUUGUCUGACGGACAAUUGGAAUCACCUAACUCACUGAAGUAUCAGCAAAAUGACAAACAAAAAAGUGUCUCUUUUGACAGCAAAUUGGAUGCGCACGCAGAAACCCCAUCAUCGGAGCCAAAAUCAUCUUCCUCACAGAGGACAGUCCGUCCAAAGGCGCAUAGUUACACCAGAGGUUUGAAAUUCCCGGUAGUCAAGGACCCCAAUGAUCCUCUGACCAUUUUGCGCUACAGCCAAGAUGAGGCAAACCCCUCAAGAAAGGACUCCGAGUCAUCUCAGCCCUUUCUGAGUUCCUUCUCUUCUGGAGGUGCCACGGAAUUGCCAGGCAAAACUAGUGAAAUCCAGAGUUUCUCAGAGCUACGGUCAUCUGCAACAGUAAUGGGCCCAGCCUCUCUUGAUUCAUAUCUCGCCGAGACCAUGAAAAACAUUCAUCAGUCAUUCAAUUUUACACCAAACACAUCAUUACGUUGCUUCAGAUUUGCCAGCCCAACCUCCAGCGAAGUUAGUUCGACAAUCAACAAAUAUGGUCGUCCUUCCGUUGUAUACCAGAAAGCAUUCUACAGUGAUGAAACGGAUGUGCCUGAGCGACCAAGAGAAUAUGGCGGCAGAGAAUUUCGGCUUGAGAGCAACACCAUCCACUAUCUACCCGAAUUUGACCCAAACCCAGAGGUAUCUGCAAUGCUUGGUGAGCAGAUACCAACAACAUACGACCGAGAUCAGCAAGAAAUUGUUGAUCAGAAACUCCGGGAAGGCUGCACUGCCAGGGUCUGGGAGUUUGCACCUGUUCCUCCAAGCCGGUCGGAAGUAAUACGGUGGUUUGAAGACUUAGAAGCCUCGCAAGUGUCUGACCAAAAAGCCGCCCCUAUCAUGCCCGCUAAAAAAAAAUCCGAUCUUCUCUCGCAGAUCGAGGGCCCCACACAGAAGAACGCACAUGGCUUCAAAUACUCACAGCAUGGAGUGUCCACUAGCGUUGAACACCAAGCUCAGCACAUGAGCACAAUGAGUUUAGAAGUGCAUGUGAACACGCGCGGAAUUCUUCUACCCAACCCGGAAGAGGAUGAGAUCACUUCCUUGUUCUGGUGCAUUCAAUCCGAAGAUGAGGAUGUUGAGGUCAACAGUCAUCUUCCCGGAGUCCAUGUUGGGAUGGUUUAUCAUGGCGAAGGCGAGAGGCCGGAAGCCAAAAUUUCCAAGGCGUUAACAAUUGACGUCGAAUGUGAGCCUACGGAAUUGGACCUGAUCAACCGACUCAUAGACCUUGUCCGGUACUACGAUCCGGACAUCAUCACGGGUUACGAGGUUCAUAACGCGUCCUGGGGAUAUGUGAUUGAGCGUGCGCGCAAGAAGUACGACUUUGACAUCUGCGAGGAGCUCUCAAGGACUAAAUCCCAAUCUAAUGGACGAUUUGGGAAAGAGGCAGAUUCUUGGGGGUUCAAUAACUCAUCGUCCAUUCGUAUCACCGGGCGACACAUGUUCAACAUCUGGCGCGCUAUGAAGGGCGAGCUGAACCUGCUACAGUACACUAUGGAGAACGUCGUCUUUCAUAUCUUACAUCGCCGAAUCCCUCACUAUUCCCCCAGAGAUCUGACACAAUGGUACCAAAGCGGCAAGCCACGCAAUCUCCUCAAAGUUGUGGAAUAUUUCACUUCUCGUGUUCAGCUUAAUCUGGAAAUUCUCGAGGCCAGCGAACUAACACCGAGGACAAGUGAGCAGGCCAGAUUGCUGGGCAUUGAUUUCGCCUCCGUGAUCUCUCGGGGAUCCCAGUUCAAAGUUGAGUCUCUGAUGUUCCGAAUUGCGAAGCCAGAGAACUUCCUGCUCGUCUCGCCAAGCAGAAAGCAGGUCGGACAGCAGAACGCAUUAGAAUGCUUGCCCCUGGUCCUGGAACCGCAAAGUGACUUCUACACUAGCCCACUUCUGGUGCUCGAUUUCCAGUCACUGUACCCAAGUGUCAUGAUCGCUUACAACUACUGCUACUCGACCUUCCUGGGUAGAGCAAUGCACUGGCGUGGGCGAGAUAAAAUGGGGUUCAUGGAUUACAAGCGACAGCCUAGGCUACUCGAGUUACUAAAAGACAAGAUCAACAUCUCACCAAAUGGUAUGAUGUACGCGAAGCAGGAAGCGCGUCAGUCGCUGUUAGCCAAGAUGCUUUCUGAGAUACUAGAAACCCGCGUGAUGGUCAAGAACGGCAUGAAAGCCGACAAAGACGACAAGGUCUUGCAACGGCUUCUGAACAACAGACAGCUAGCGCUUAAGUUGAUUGCAAACGUCACAUACGGCUACACAUCCGCCUCAUUCUCGGGCCGAAUGCCAUGUGCCGAGAUCGCAGACAGCAUCGUCCAGACUGGACGAGAAACCCUCGAAAAGGCCAUCGCCUUCAUCCACUCAAUCGAACGCUGGGGCGCCGAAGUCGUCUACGGCGACACCGACAGUCUAUUCGUCCAUCUAAAAGGCCGCACUCGGGACCAAGCCUUCGACAUCGGCGAAGAAAUCGCCCAAGCAGUAACCGACCUGAACCCCCGACCGAUCAAACUAAAAUUCGAAAAAGUCUACCACCCCUGCAUCCUGCUCGCCAAGAAACGCUACGUAGGCUUCAAAUACGAGCACCGUAACCAACAAGAGCCCGAGUUCGACGCAAAGGGCAUCGAAACCGUCCGUCGAGACGGCACACCCGCCGAACAAAAAAUCGAAGAAAAAGCCCUCAAAAUCCUCUUCCGCACCGCAGACCUGUCCCAAGUGAAAUCCUACUUCCAGCGCCAAUGCGCAAAGAUCAUGCAAGGCCGCAUCUCCAUCCAAGAUUUCUGCUUCGCUCGCGAAGUCCGGCUGGGUACGUACUCCGAGCGCAGCCUACCCGCCGGCGCCAUGAUAAGCACCAAACGCAUGAUGGAAGAUCCGCGCUCGGAGCCGCAGACCGGCGAGCGCGUGCCGUACGUUGUUGUCACCGGCGCGCCUGGGUCAAGACUUAUUGAUCGGUGCGUUGCGCCGCAGACGCUUCUGCAUGACGCGCAGCUUGAGAUUGAUGCGGAGUAUUACAUUACAAAGAAUAUUAUUCCACCGCUGGAGAGGAUUUUUAAUCUUGUUGGUGCGAAUGUGCGUCAGUGGUAUGAUGAGAUGCCGAGGGUGCAGCGGAUUCGGCGGGUUGAGGGGUCAGCGCUUGCGAGGCCGAAUUCUCGUGCUGGUGUGGCUCCCAGGAAGACUCUUGAGUCGUAUAUGCGCUCAUCGUCGUGUGUUGUUUGUCGGGCGAAAUUGUCCGAUGCUGCUGUGCCUGUGUGUGGGGAUUGUCUGCAGAAGCCACAUAUUACAUUGCUUGAUGUUGUUUCGCGGCUGCAGAGGGCGGAGAAGAGAGUCGUUGAUUUGGAAGCUAUCUGUCGCUCUUGUAUGGGUGUUUCUCCCGGUGACGAGGUUAGCUGUGAUAGUUUGGAUUGCCCUGUCUUCUACUCACGGACCAGGGACGCUGCUAAUUGGGGACACUCCAGGGCUGUGUUGGAGCCCGUGGUUGAACUACUGGAACGGAAGGGGGAUGAUGGAUUGGAUUGGUAG